CAUGACUUCGGAACGCAAUAAUGGGUGUUAUACGGACCAUAGGCAUAGUAGUGCUAAGCAUCUCGUUUGUUGUGUUCGUUGCUCUCUUUGGUCGAUUGCCCGUCUUUAGGAGGACACCUAUUGCCUUUCUCCAUCGACUUCUAUGGAGACAUAUCCCAAAUGCAUUCAUCACCGUGGAUGAACGGCUUACUGGCCGCCGUAUCACAAGUAGUCUCGCGAGGACGGGCAACUAUCUCAUGAACGAGAAACAUCCUAUCGUUCUUAUCUUCUUUGUCCUCUUACAAGUUGUCGGUGAAUUCCUAUUCAUUCCGACAGCAUGGAAUCGUCUUUCGAUCAACCAAAUAGCGGUGUUGCCACCUCUGAUCGUGGCCCCUUUGGCGUUUCUGUACCUCGCCGGUACUACCUCCUCGAACAUCACUUCUGAGAAUCACCGGUCGGCAAUGCUGGCCUAUCCCUAUGAUUUCGCUCUCUUCCACCCGGGCUACUUCUGCUCCACCUGUCGAUUUGCAAAGCCUGCCAGAUCUAAGCACUGUUCUAUAUGUAAAGCUUGCAUUCAAAAACAGGACCACCACUGCAUCUGGAUCAACAACUGCGUGGGGAGGAACAACUACUUAUGGUUCAAUCUUCUGCUGGUCAGCAUCGCCGCACUAUUGUUCUACGGCUCAUAUCUAGGCUACAUCUUGCUCGACCGAAGACUCCAGAACCGCCUCGUGCCGCCGGCGCUGACGAGGGGCAGUCUUACGGCCAAGCGGUGGAGCACCCGGAUGACAUGGGGCGAAUACAUGCACGCUUGGGCAUGGGCCAUUGCCAUGGAAUGGCGCAUCGGGGCUGUCAUGAUGCUAGCUAUGAUGUGUAUACCCCUGGCACUGGGGUUUCUUGCCUACCACCUCUAUCUCAUCUGGGCAGGAAUGACUACGAACGAGAGCUCCAAAUGGAGUGACUGGAAAGAGGAUAUUGCAGACAAGGUAGUUUUCAGGGCGGAGAUGACUCGACUGAGAGAAACCUAUCCGCCUCUGCCGGAGGACGUGGAACCUUUGGACAGGGAUGUCAAAUGGCCUGUGGGCGUCCGGGCAAAGUGGUGGCUGGUGAGGACGAGAGACGGCAAACAGCCGACAAGGAAGCUCAGCAGAAAGACAGGAGAUGCUGCAAAUCUUGGUGCUGAAGCCGCAGGAGGUAACAAGGGCGAGGAAGAGGUGCAGGACGAGCGAUGGGAACUUGUUUCUUCGAUUGCACAGGUGGAGAAUCUGUAUGAUCUGGGUUUCUGGGACAAUCUAUGGGAUGGGCUGUUCAAUCGCGAAUGAGACCACGCGCGUUUCAACAAGAGAGCACCUUGCGAGCGCCGGUAAAUUCGUCCUAGGAGACAAAGCUAAUGUAUAUAUGGUUCCAUUGAGCCUCGAGUAUUCCAACACUCAACCAACUUUGAGGACGGACUACUUCUCUCCUCAUACUGAUUCCCC